AUGGCUGUUUCGGGUGAUUUGUUCGAGCUGGUCAGGCACAACGGCCCUCUUCUUGCAGUCGCAGGUGUCAGUGCCCACCUGUUCUACUGGAUCCGCGGGGAACGUGGCAGCAAAGCAGCCCGGCUUUGGUUGUGCCUGAAUCUUCUGGUCAAUACGGCCACCCUUGUCAGUACGACCAACAACCAAGGGUCAUGGUGCAGCAAUGCCUGGCUCUUCAGUAUUGCCGCAGUAUCAGUCCUGAACCUCUGCUUCUACAUUCCCCUCUUCACCUCCGUCCUUAUCUAUCGAGCUUUCUUCCACCGCCUGCAUCAAUUUCCAGGCCCGUUCUCUCUCAAGGUCUCCAAGUUUGUCAGCGCAUAUCAAAACAUCGAAAAAGGACGCAACUUUGAGCGUCUGUGGAAUCUCCACCAGCACUACGGGGAUAUCGUCCGGACCGGCCCGCAGGAACUCAGUGUUUUGUCUGCCGAAGCCAUCGACACUAUCUACGGUCCAUCCAGUCGAUGCACCCGUGCCCCAUGGUAUGAUCGUCUCAAGACCAAGGGCGACUUUACGCAAGACUAUGCGGUCUUCCACAUGCGUGAUCCCGCUGCUCAUGCACAGCGGAGAAAGGCUCUCUGGGAUAAGGCGUUUAAUAUCCGAGCCCUAAAGGCCUAUCAGCCCAUGGUCGUGCAGACCACGCAAAAGUUUCUGGAUGCCUUGAGCUGUCGCAGUAACCAAAUCCUCUCCGGUCCUGGUACCAUGGAGCUGCUCAGCUAUGACCUCAUGGGGGUCGUUGGAUGGGGCCAUUCCUUCAGGAAUACUGAAAACUGGAAGCUCAACUCCAAUCUGCAUUUCGUCAAGGCUCUCACUGCCGGUCAACGGAUCCUCUCCCAAGUACCGUGGCUGAUCAGUCUCCUGGUCAGUCUUCCAGGCAGUGAUGGCCCGCUGCGUCCUUACGGCACCUGGAUCCAGGAUCGCAUCCAAGAGAAGCUUCAGAAAUCAGACGAGUCCGAUGCCAUGAGCAGGAUGCUCCCAUCGAUGCUGAAACUCUCCAAGCCUGCAUUAUACAGCGAGGGAGAACUCCUCGUCAUCGCCGGAGGCGACACAACCUCCACCACCAUAUCAACCGUGAUUUUCCACCUCGCGCGCAAUCCAGCUCUCCAGCGCAAACUCCAAGCCGAACUCGACGCCGCACACACAACACAACUCCAAACUACAGAACCCCCCGAAUCCGACUACUACCGCUCCAUCUCCACCCUCCCAUACCUAAACGCCUGCAUCACCGAAGCCCUCCGCAUCCUCCCCUCCGUCCUAGGCGUAAUCCCCCGUCUCACUCCACCCGAAGGCAUCCACCUCCCCCUUGCCACCGGCCGCACCUUCAUCCCCGGAAACACCGUCAUCAGUGUCCCGGUCUUCCCCGUGCAACACGAUCCCCGAUACUAUCGCCAUCCGGACGAGUUCGUCCCCGAGCGCUGGACGGACGAGAAACCCGACUGGACGAUGAAUAAAGCGGCGUUUAUGCCGUUUGGGGGUGGUCCGUAUAUGUGUGCGGGACGGGGGUUGGCGUAUAUUGAGUUGCGGGUUGUGUUGGCGAUGCUGUUUCGGAGGUUUGAUGUGCGGUUGGCGGAGGGGGAGGAUGGGAGGCGGUUUCUAGAGGAGACGAAGGAUUGUCAGAUUGCGCAUUUGGGGGAUUUUAGGGUUGUGUUUAAUUUGAGGGAUGAGAAGUAG